CCAUGGCAGACAUGGAGGAGCUGUUCGGGAGCGACGCCGACACCGAGCCGGAGCAGAAAGAUUCUGAUUCUGGGUCCGAUUCAGACUCUGAUCAGGAAAACGCAGGCUCUGCUAGCAACGUUUCUGGCAGCGAGAGCGACAGAGAUGGCGACAGAGAGACUGUGCAGCCCAGUAACAAAGAACUGUUUGGCGACGACAGCGAAGACGAUGCCGCUUCUCACCACAGCGGGAGCGAUAAUCGGUCCGAAAGGUCCUACGAUCACUCUGAGGGCUCAGGGCAUUCUGACCACAACGAUAACGACCUGUCAGAUAUUGAACAGCAUAGCGGCUCGGAAGCUGCUCGAGACGAAGACGAGGAUGAGGAUCGCAGGUCAGAUGAAGCCAGCCGUCACUCUGAAGCCGAAGGAUCCGAAAAAGCCCACUCGGACGACGAGAAGUGGGGGAGAGAAGACAAAAGCGACCAGUCGGAUGAUGACGAGAAGCUCCAGAACUCGGACGACGAGGAAAGGCCGCAGAAUUCCGACGAGGAAGAGAAGCUGCAGAACUCAGACGACGAGGAGCACCCUCAGGUCUCCGGCAAGGACAGGCUGCAGAACUCGGACGACGAGAAAAUGCACAACUCGGAUGAGGAAGAGCUGCCGCAGGUUUCGGACGAGGAGAAGCUGCAGCAUUCCGACAACGAGGAGAGGCCGCGGAAUUCCGACGAAGAAAACAUGCAGAACUCGGAAGACGACGACGAGAGACCGCAGCAUUCCGACGAGGAGAAGAUGCAGCAUUCGGAUGAUGAAAGGCCCCCGCGUUCCGAUGACGAAGAGCACAGGCUCUCCGAUGACGAAGAGGAGCAGGAGCGUAAAUCUGAGUCAGCCAGAGGCAGCGACAGUGAAGAGGAAAUCACGCAUGUGAAGCGCAAAAAGCACAUUGCAUCAGACUCCGAGAUGGACAGCGAUGCAGAAGGGCAAAAAGACAAUAGGGAUGCGAUGGAUCUGUUUGGAGGUGCAGAUGAUAUUUCUUCGGGGAGCGACGGAGAAGACAAGCCCCCGACUCCAGGGCAGCCUAUCGAUGAGAAUGGCCUGAACGAGGACCACCAGGAGGAGGAGCCCAUUCCGGAGACCAGAAUCGAAGUGGAAAUCCCGAAAGUGAACACUGACUUAGGAAACGACUUGUACUUCGUGAAGCUUCCCAACUUUCUCAGUGUGGAACCCAGACCAUUUGAUCCUCAGUAUUACGAGGAUGAAUUUGAAGACGAGGAGAUGCUGGAUGAAGAAGGUAGAACGAGGUUGAAGCUGAAGGUGGAAAACACGAUACGUUGGCGAACACGCCGAGACGACGAAGGAAGCGAGGUCCGAGAGAGCAAUGCGCGGAUCGUCAAAUGGUCCGACGGGAGCAUGUCGCUCCAUCUGGGGAACGAAGUCUUCGACGUCUAUAAAGCACCCCUGCAGGGAGAUCAUAACCAUCUCUUCAUCAGGCAAGGGACGGGUCUUCAGGGGCAGGCUGUGUUCAAGACAAAGUUAACCUUCAGGCCUCAUUCGACAGACAGUGCCACCCACAGGAAGAUGACCCUGUCCCUUGCGGACAGGUGCUCAAAGACGCAGAAAAUCCGCAUUUUGCCCAUGGCUGGCCGCGACCCAGAGUCCCAGCGCACGGAAAUGAUUAAGAAAGAGGAGGAGCGGCUGCGCGCAUCCAUCCGCCGAGAGUCCCAGCAGAGGCGGAUGCGGGAGAAGCAGCACCAGCGGGGGCUGAGCGCCAGCUACCUGGAGCCCGAUCGCUACGACGAGGAAGACGAAGGCGAAGAGGCCAUCAGCUUGGCAGCGAUUAAGAACCGGUACAAAGGUGGGAUCAGAGAGGAGCGCGCUCGGAUUUAUUCUUCAGACAGCGAUGAGGGGUCAGAUGAAGAUAAAGCGCAGAGGUUGCUGAAGGCAAAGAAACUCAGCAGUGACGAGGAAGGUGAGCCCUCCGGCAAACGAAAAGCGGAAGACGAUGAUAAGGCCAGCAAGAAGCAUAAGAAGUACGUGAUCAGCGACGAGGAAGACGAAGAUGAAGAAGCAUAGCACGCGCAGCCAA